GGAAAAAAGAAAUAUUAUGGGAAGGAAGGUAGAAGCAAUAGAAAGAAGGGAAUCCCCCUUUUGUCUUCAAUAAUUUACUAUACAACUGGAGAAGUGGAGCGAGAGAGAGAAGCAUUUUCACCGUCGAAGCAGCAGCAGCAGGACGCCGUCACUUUCGUGUAACCCCAUCACACAACUACACUCACUUUGUGCUGCCUCGGUUCACUCGCCACCAUCAUGGGCCGCGUAGGUCGGGGAGAUACCGCACCCCCAAGAAUGCAGGCCUUCAUUUAAUCCUCGCCACCUAGGGUUUUGUGAAUUCAUUUGAAAUUUUUUGGAUCGGUUUUUUUUUUUUUUUUGUUUUCCUUUUCGGGGAUUUGAUGGCGUCGGAGGAUGUGAACGCACGCGAGUCUGCGGUGUCGAAGAUUGUGAAUUUCGCAGAGGAGGCGAAGCUCGCGAAGGAAGAGAUCAAGCCUUCUAAAUACCAAGUUUACAGUAUUUGCAAAUCUCUCGUCGCAGGCGGUGUCGCCGGAGGAGUGUCCAGAACUGCUGUAGCUCCAUUGGAGCGACUGAAAAUUUUGCUCCAGGUUCAAAAUCCACACAACAUAAAAUACAAUGGUACUGUUCAAGGCUUGAAGUAUAUAUGGAGAACUGAGGGCUUUAGAGGAUUGUUUAAAGGCAAUGGCACUAAUUGUGCUCGUAUUGUCCCAAAUUCGGCAGUAAAGUUCUUCAGCUACGAGCAAGCAUCCAAGGGCAUAUUACAUCUGUACCAGCAGCAAACUGGCAAUGAGGAUGCCCAGCUGACUCCUUUAUUACGUUUGGGAGCGGGAGCAUGUGCUGGAAUAAUUGCCAUGUCCGCUACCUACCCAAUGGACAUGGUUCGAGGCAGACUUACUGUACAGACAGAGAAGUCCCCUUAUCAGUACCGAGGAAUGUUUCAUGCUCUAUCAACUGUGCUUCGUGAGGAAGGUUUCCGUGCACUGUACAAGGGUUGGCUGCCAUCCGUCAUUGGAGUCGUACCGUACGUGGGUCUCAACUUUGCUGUUUAUGAAUCUCUUAAGGACUGGUUAAUUAAAUCUAAACCCUUUGGUCUUGUUGAAGACAAUGAUUUGGGCGUUGUGACAAGGCUUGCAUGUGGGGCCGCAGCAGGGACAGUUGGACAAACUGUUGCAUACCCCCUUGAUGUCAUCCGUCGAAGAAUGCAGAUGGUCGGGUGGAAUAAUGCUUCUUCAAUUGUCACUGGUGAUGGCAGAAGCAAGGCCUCCCUUGAAUAUACUGGCAUGAUUGAUGCUUUCAGGAAAACGGUGAGGCAUGAGGGCUUCAGAGCAUUAUACAAGGGAUUGGUCCCCAAUUCAGUGAAGGUCGUCCCAUCAAUAGCCAUUGCUUUCGUGACAUACGAACAAGUGAAAGAGUUACUUGGGGUAGAGAUUAGAAUAUCAGACUGAUGCAGAUAGAGCUGUAAUUUUUCAUUCAUUCAGUGUGAUUUUUGUCAACAAAAAGAGGAGAAGAGAUUGACGUUGUAGACCUCCUCUGCACACAGAGAAGUUGAAGACCCUUCAGUCCUCUGUUUAUAUGUUUCUGAAAGGAUGUUUUUCUUCUGGGUAGCUGCUCGGUAGAAAUGCUUUCACAAAUAAGUAUUAGCAAAGAAUAAUGGAGUAAUAAUAGCAUCUGUAGGUCUUGGUGCGUAACUAGCUAAUGUACGGUGUGCAUUGUCCAUCGACAAAAUCUACCUAUUUUUCA